UCAAAACGAACAGACCUUGACAAAACAGCUGAUAAGAAAUUAGACAUAGAAUUGCAAAAAUCAAGUGGACGUUGACAAAUUUUGGACCGGAGGAGGAUUUCGUUACUUUUCUAGCGAGUGUAUAUCAAAUUAUGGCUGGACUUUUGCACUUGGCGCGAUUUUGCAGCAAACACCAACAAAUAGCAUCAUCAAAUAGACGAUUCUCAAGUGUUGUGCGAAAUACAACUGGCAUACUAAAAGCGCAUGGACAACGUCGAUUGCCUGCUCAUUUGUUCUGUUCCAGUCGCUCCGUAACCGAUAGCGAUGAUGUUUCAAAAAGGCAGCAGAAGAAAAUCACGCCAUUCACGCCCACACCAGGCAGCAAGUUGCUCGGUGGUGUUCUGGUGAAGAAAGUGCCCAAAGGUCCGGCAAUAACAGCACAGCGUCUGCCAUUACGAAAUUGUCAUGUUCAUUUAGGCGGCACUGAUGGGGGCAGUGCGCUGGGGCAGCUUGAUGCGCCGGAAGUGACGUCACAAGAUAUGCUACGUGCAAUGAUGCACUACAUUUGGCCGAAAGAGGAUGCUUUGGUGCGAAAGCGUGUGGCUAUUUCAUUGAGUCUUCUUGUCGGCUCCAAAAUGUUGACUGUCUGCGUGCCGUUUCUCUUCAAAGGUGCCGUCGAUACGCUGAACACAAUGAACACCUUGAACAUGGACACACCAGCGGAUACAGUGUUAUCUGUGGCCACUGCCAUGCUGCUGGGCUAUGGCGUUGCUCGUGCCAGCGCUGCCGCCUUCAAUGAAUUGCGUAAUGCUGUUUUCGCUCGUGUGGCACAUCACUCCAUACGGAAGAUUGCAACGAACGUGUUUUUGCAUUUGCACAAUUUGGAUUUGGCAUUCCAUUUGAAUAAGCAAACAGGCGCUUUAUCUAAGACAAUCGAUCGCGGUUCGCGUGGUAUAAAUUUUGUGCUCAGCGCUAUGGUGUUUAACAUUGUGCCAACCAUUUUCGAAUUAGCUUUGGUUUCAUCCAUCUUGGGCACAAAGUGUGGCCUCGCAUUCGCCGGCGUUUCCAUGGGUUGUGUGGGCGUUUACGCUGCUUUCACCCUAGCCGUUACACAGUGGCGCACCAAAUUCCGCAUUUACAUGAAUCAGGCUGAAAACGAAGCUGGCAAUAAAGCUGUCGAUUCGCUCAUCAAUUAUGAAACUGUGAAGUAUUUCAAUAAUGAAAAAUUCGAAGCUGGUCGUUACAAUGAAGUGUUGAAGAAAUAUGAAACGGCAAGUUUGAAGACGAGCACAAGUUUGGCUAUGUUGAAUUUCGGCCAAAAUGCCAUUUUCAGUUCAGCGCUCAGCAUAAUAAUGUUGUUGGCUGCUAAUGAGAUUGCUAAAGGCAAUAUGACUGUUGGUGACUUAGUGAUGGUCAAUGGUUUGUUAUUUCAACUCUCAAUACCGUUAGGUUUUUUGGGUAGUGUAUAUCGUGAGGUGCGUCAAGCCCUACUUGAUAUGCAAUCAAUGUUUACGUUGAUGAAUGUAGAUGCACGUAUUUCAUCAGCACCGAAUGCACCACACUUGGCGGUUGGUUUGGAUAAUGCUUCAAUAGAAUUCAGAAAUGUCAGUUUUGAAUAUGAGCCGGGUAAGCCGAUCUUCAAAGAUAUGUCUUUCACCAUACCGGCUGGCAAAACAAUUGCUUUUGUCGGUGGUUCAGGUUCGGGCAAGUCGUCAAUGGUGCGUCUAUUAUUCCGUUUCUUCGAACCAAAUUCCGGUAAAAUAUUCAUAAAUGGACAGGAUGUCAGUGAGGUCGAUUUGGACAGUUUGCGACGUGCAAUCGCUGUAGUGCCGCAGGAUUCGGUACUCUUCCAUGACACUAUACAACACAACAUUCAUUACGGUAACUUGAACAAAUCGCAAGAGGAUGUGGAGAAUGCUGCACGUAUGGCAGAUCUGCACGACUCUAUUAUGCGUUGGCCAAAACGCUAUGACACACAAGUGGGUGAACGUGGCCUGAAGCUAUCGGGCGGUGAGAAGCAACGUGUAGCCAUAGCAAGAGCCAUACUUAAAAAUUCACCGAUCUUAAUUUUCGAUGAGGCCACGAGUAGUCUCGAUUCCAUUACAGAACAGAAUAUCUUACAAGCACUUUCACGUGCCACUGCCAACCGUACCAGCAUAUGCAUAGCUCAUCGGCUAUCGACCGUUAUGGAUGCCGAUGAAAUUUUCGUGCUGGAAAAUGGGCGCAUCGGCGAACGUGGUACACAUGCUGAGCUUUUGAAGAUGAAUGGUCUUUAUGCGCGUCUUUGGGAAACACAAACACAACAAUUUUGACCGGGACCGACAUAUGUUAGCGCCAUAAGUCCUUAAAUAUUGUAUUAUCCACACACACACCCACACACACACACAUACAUAUGUAUGGAAUUACAACUCCGAAUGUCGUUUGGUCAGCGUGUUUUCGUGACGUUUAAUUUAAUUAUUGUUGAUUUGCAUACAUAGAAGCUAUUGAAUGAUUCAUUGUCAGUAUGUAUGUAUGUACAUGCAUACAUUGUAGAUAUAGUACACAUAAUUUGUUUUAAGCAUCAAACUUAGUGAAAUCGCAGCCAUAUCCCCCUAUUUAAAAAAAAUAUAUUUUCGCAGUUAACUAAGAGAAGACGUAGAAAGGAUAAAGUUUUUGAAACCUAACUAUUUUACUGUCGACCUCUUAGUCAAUAUGGUACAAAAAACAUUUGCACUCGUGCGUAUGAUUCAUAUAAAAUAUGAGCGCUUAUAUAUACGUACGCAAAUGUUACGCAGUUGUUUAUAAGACGAAAAGUGGCUGGCAAACAAACACACUAGUGAAUAAAAUUCUUGGCAUGCAUGCAUUUGCGUACAUACCAUAUGUAUGUGGGUAUUUGUUAAUAAGGUUCCUGUAAAUGACCACACACUGCUGUAUUGUGUAUAGAUAAAUAUACGUAUAUAUGUAAAAUAAAACUAUAUAUUUACAGUUAAAAACAUGUAAAGUAAA